GGCUUUAAUUAAAAUGAUGUUUUCCUCUACGAGCCACCUGCUUAAGGUAAACAUAAUAGCUUGAGAAAAUAAAAAUAAGAAGCUCCUUUUAAUCAGGAUUCAGAUACAUACCUUCACAAAGGCAGACAUCUGAUUCCAGUAGAGAGAGAUAUAGAGAGAAUCACCAUGUCUGACUUGGAGUUUGUUCUCUUUCUUCUAAGUUUGGCUCUUAUUAUCCUUAACCUCUAUAGAAGAAAACAAAAUUGCUCUUUGAAUCUUCCACCAGGCAACAUGGGUUGGCCUUUUCUUGGUGAAACCAUUGCUUAUUUGAGGCCAUAUACUGCUACUACAAUAGGAAAAUUCAUGGAGGAACAUAUUUCCAGAUAUGGAAAAAUCUACAAAUCCCAUUUAUUUGGCGAGCCAACCAUAGUAUCGGCUGAUGCAGGGCUGAAUAGAUUCAUUCUACAGAAUGAAGGCAAAUUGUUUGAAUGCAGUUAUCCCAGAAGCAUUGGAGGAAUUCUUGGGAAAUGGUCUAUGCUUGUUUUAGUUGGUGACAUGCAUAGAGAUAUGAGGACUAUUUCUCUCAAUUUCUUGAGCAAUGCCAGGCUCAGAACUCAUCUUCUAAAGGAAGUUGAAAAGCACACUUUGGUGGUUUUGGAUUCCUGGAUUGAGAAUUCCAUCAUCUUUGCACAGGAUGAAGCCAAAAAGUUUACAUUCAAUUUGAUGGCUGAACACAUAAUGAGUUUGAAGCCUGGAAAACCAGAGACUGAGCAGUUGAAAAAAGAGUACAUAACAUUCAUGAAAGGAGUGGUUUCUGCUCCUUUGAAUCUUCCUGGAACUGCUUAUAGAAAGGCUCUAAAGUCUCGAUCAAUAAUCCUUAAAUUUAUCGAGCAAAAAAUGGAGGAACGGGUGAAGAAAAAGACAGAAGAUAAUGAUCAAAAUGAAUUACUGGGAUGGGUUCUGAAGAAUUCCAAUCUUUCAAAGGAGCAAGUUCUUGAUUUGGUGCUGAGUUUAUUAUUUGCUGGCCAUGAAACCUCAUCUGUGGCAAUAGCUUUGUGCAUUUACUUCUUGCAAGGGUGUCCCACUGCUGUCCGGCAAUUAGAAGAAGAGCAUAUAGAAAUAUCUAAAGCAAAGAGGGAAUUAGGGGAGACAGAAUUGAGCUGGGAUGAUUAUAAAAAAAUGGAAUUUACACAAUGUGUUAUUAGUGAGACAUUAAGGCUUGGGAAUGUGGUGAGAUUUCUUCACAGAAAAGCAAUAAAAAAUGUAAGAUAUAAAGGUUAUGACAUUCCAUGUGGAUGGAAAGUAUUGCCAGUGAUUGCAGCCGUGCAUUUAGAUCCUUCACUUUUUGACCAACCUUGGCACUUCAAUCCAUGGAGAUGGUUGCAGAAUAAUACUCGCGGAAGUCAAAAUGCGACAACAGCUAGCAAUAACUUCAUGCCAUUUGGUGGAGGACCACGACUUUGCGCAGGGACAGAGCUGGCCAAACUGGAGAUGGCUGUAUUCAUACACUAUCUAGUCCUCAAUUUCCGUUGGGAGUUAGCCGAUACGGACGAAGCGUUAGCAUUUCCAUUUGUCGAUUUUCCCAAAGGCUUACCCAUUAGAGUUCAACGUCAUGCUUUAUAAUUGGGGUAAAAAGUCGCCCAUGAAAUUUAGAAAACGAAAUGUGUGAUUGAUAAAUGGAGCAAAAUCAUGUUUUUCGAUUUCGAAAAUGAAAUUUUCUUGGAUUCUUCUUCGACCGUAUGGUGGAACGUCUUUUGGCUCACGUGAGGGAGAAAGACAUUUGCAACAAGUUAUAUUAGGACCACAUAUAUCUAUAUCUAUAUAUUCUCAUUCUUAUGUGUAAAAUUUACCCUUUUCGUUGAUUUUGUAAGUGGAAUGCACAAGUAAUUAUUCUUAUGCAAUGUGAUUUUGUAUCAA